ACACAAUUGCGCACAAAACUGGUCCAUCUCUGUACAGGACAAUACCAUUGUGAUCGCGCCUUUGCAUAACCACAGCCGUACCCGACAUCGCCCCUUCGUUUUGAAGCCGCCGAUGCGAGGGAGCAGGUGUUCUCCGCCUUCCAGUCCGGGCUACGCCCAGGAGGAACAUAUCAAACAUUCCACGUGCGUUUCGUCCACUGACGUUGUCUGGUUUAAAAAUGCCAUUCUUCACGGGGCUGUUCACUUCUGCGCGUGAGGGAGACUGACAGCAGAUACCAUUUUAGGCUGAGCUUGCUUGGAAAAGACGGCGGAAGGAUGUUUUUAGCCUGGAUUUUGGUCUUUUCAUUUUUGGGUAUUUCUCACUCAGAAAUCUGUAUAGCAGGACAAAGUCAGAUGGUGGUGACAGAAGAUGGGAGGUAUGUGACUCCAACCUAUUGCACAGACCCAUUUGGUGAAACUAUUUACCAAUCAGGAGAAAAAUGGAGAACUUCAAACUGCAUGGACUGUUCCUGUGAAAUGGGUGGUUUUGAGUGCUGUGAAACAAAGAUUGAUGUGCCACAGAAUAUCCCUGAUGACUGCAUGAUGGAGUUUGAUCGGAAUGAAUGUAAAUAUUGGAUUUUUAAAAUGGAUAAUCGAAGCACACCCUGCUAAGCUGCUGUUUUUACUUCUUACAACUUCAUCAUCCCUUAGACCUACCUAAUAGGUUCUGUUGUUCUCUUAUAAAGUAAUUGUGUAAACUUCAGAAACUUGCCUCAUCUAAAGAAAUGCAUAUCGUUUUUGUUUACAAAGAGUGUUUAAUUUGGGGGAAUGCUCAAGGGUGGGAGAGAGGAAUUGCCAAAAAUACUAUUCAAAGGUUAUUUUCUAGCUGAAUAUUUAACUCUUAGAUUUUAUUUUAUAUUGUUAAAUAUUUAAUAUUUGUACAUUUAGUUAACAUUCUUGGCACCUAUUUUAAGAUAUUUGUGUGCAGAUGCUCAUCCAAUAUGGAUUUGACUAAGUUUAGCUGCAGUUCUGAAGGUUUUUUGGCUUUAAAAAGAAGCACAAAUCCAAUCUGCCUUUUUUGCUAUUUGUUAUUACUGUUCUGAGGAGACAUGCAAGUAUGAAUUUCAUUGUACUGUGUACACAUGACAAACUUGAACAAUAAAGAGGCAAAGACAGAGGAAAAUUACACAGGCAUUUAAUUUCUGCAGAGAAUAAAUCUGUGUGCGAUCCCAGAUUUAUUUUAGACAGACACAUUGAUCCUGGGCAAGCUGGAAGCUCCUGUUCCUCAUAUUCAGUUCACUUUGACUUAUAACACAGUCUUCGCUGCCUUAUUAACUCCUACCUCUUAUGAAAAUGGCCAUUCAAUGAGUCCAUUCAUUCACCACAUGGGCCGAGUACAUGUGGAGAAUCUUAGGUAUAAGGUGUGGCCAUCUUUGAAAUGUACAUAUAUUGGUUGGGUAAUUUUACUAAAUGUGAAGUCAUUGUGUGAGAGAGAGGUUGGGAAGACUACUAUUAAUUUCAUCAAAUGCAGCUUGAAUGGCAGAAUCUCCAUGUACCACAGCUGUCUACAUGAUGCAGUAUCCUGUGAUCAGAUAACGAAUUUCCUGCAUGCUGACAUCACACCUUUUUAUUUAGCUUCAAUCUACAGUGCCAUUUAUUACCACUUCACUCAUGAUAAUAAGUUAUUCCUACACAGUGGAUUAUUUUGAAAUGGAAAAAGAUGUUCAAAUGUUUUGUCAAAGGCAACUCGGUGCAUGUAAAAGAGGUCCAGACCUCUGAUUACAAAAUGACACGAAGGAGGAUAGGGCUGUUCUUUGUGUGCUGGGCAGGUGGCAGUGGUACAGAGAGAUUAGCAGUUAAUUUUCUUGCCAGAAACCUGGGAGUCCUCAUCAGUCAAAUUAACCACAUAGUUUGUUUGUUUGGUUUUUUAUGUUGAAAAUUAAUGCUAACAUUGUCAGUUUUGUAUGACUGUUCAGAUGAAUAUGUUUCUGUUCAACAUGGAUUUUAAUAAACAUUGUUAAAUGUUGUUUUU